AUGGAUGAAUACAACGUAACAACUUACAACGUUAAUCUUACCGCUCCUAUUUUUGCUAUUAAUCCUGACUUCAUUACACAAUGGAAACUCAGACGCAAGCAAGAAAAAAAUUGCAAGUUUUUUUAUCGACGAUUUAACCUAUUGCACUAUCCCGAGUGUCGUAAUUUUUUGGAUACUUCAGUUUAUCAUCGCUUGCUGCAGAAAGUGAAAGAUCCUCAAGGUUUCAUAGACAUAAUUCGAGCCUCUCAGACAGAAGCCGAAAAUGUAUCUGAUGGCGAUUUGAGUGAUUCCUGGAGUUGGUUUAAGUUAGGUGACUUUAACCCUAUAGAAUCGAUAAACGAAUCUUCGUAUGACUUUGGAAACGAAAAUACAUCGUACCAGAAGACGCAUAACAACGUAUCUGACUUAUUUGGAAUGAACAAUGAAUACGAGAACUCAGUACAAGUUCUUCCACCAUUCGAAUUAUGGCAGUCAAUAUUCAUCGCAAUUUGUUUGGCUAUCUGUAUUAUUCUUACAAUCGGCGGCAACAUAUUAGUUUUGUUGGCGUUUAUUGUAGAUCGAAGCAUAAGACAACCCAGUAAUUACUUCAUCGCUUCGUUGGCUGCGACAGACAUGCUUAUUGGAACUGUCUCCAUGCCAUUCUAUACGGUGUAUGUGCUUAUGGGUUAUUGGGAUCUUGGACCUCUUCUUUGUGACCUGUGGCUGUCGGUGGAUUAUACCGUUUGUUUGGUAUCACAGUACACAGUACUGUUGAUAACCAUCGAUCGUUUUUGCUCUGUGAAGAUAGCGGCAAAGUAUCGGAGCUGGCGAACUAAAAACAAGGUUAUAUGGAUGGUUACGAUUACAUGGAUCAUACCGGCGUUAUUAUUUUUUAUUUCCAUUUUUGGGUGGGAGCAUUUUGUAGGAUACCGUGAUCUAUUACCCGGCCAGUGUGCGGUCCAGUUUCUGAAGGAUCCGGUUUUCAAUACUGCCCUUAUAAUUGGCUAUUAUUGGACAACGCUCGUGGUACUCUUUGUGCUUUACGGUGGAAUUUACAAAACAGCUUACGACAUGCAGAAAAAAAGUGAAGCUAAGCAACGUAAAAUGCAAUCAAUGGUAGCUCUUAGCAGUGCUAUGACGGGCAUGGCAGGACGAGCUGCCGGAAUUGGAAUAUCAAAAACUCAGAGUACACUGCUCAGCACCGAUAGACCAUGUACUACUGCACUUCAAAACGACCACGGAGAUUUAUUAAUAGCCUUCAAUGGCUCAAAAGCUUUGAAAACUCCUACUGGCAAUAGCUUAGAGGACGGUAAACCAGUAAAUCGGCUUCCUUUAGAGACACAAAAUAAGAAUUUAUCAACUAAAGGUACUGAGACUGCUACCGCCUGUCGCAGCUUAACGUUGCCAAACUCAAUUGACAAAAAGUGCAACGAGAAUAGAUCAGAUGUUGAGCAUUCCAAUAGCCCCGGAUUCGACUCUGAUGAAGAUAGUGCAAACGGUAUUAAUGUAGAACAGGAGCAAUUAACAAAGAUGACAACAAAACACACGUCUUUAGCUGGGCUGCUCGUUGAAGCUUCAUCUGCCGUCCUCUCCUCGCGUUAUAAUGGGUCCUUAGUUACGACUAAGGACCCAGUGACCGUGACAACGUCACACGUUGACGGUAUCAACCAGCAAUUGAUGAAAUUCGAUAAACAAUCUGAAACUGCAACUCGGCAUGAAACUUUGUCGAAUAUUUUAGAAUUAAAUAGUUCAGAUGACUCUGUAUCUGUAUCUGGUUCACAACAGAAAAAGCUAUGUACUUCAGGUAAACCUUCGCCACUGCUAUCACCUUUAUCUACAGUUGGUAACAUCGAUUCGCAUAGUCCUAGCGAUCGCCACGACAUAACAAAUGUUGGAGAUAGUGGCGCAUCAAAUAUGAUUAUAACACCUCCGCUUGGCUUUCAAACAAGACUGGUUUCAUCCGAUAGUUCACGUUCAACUGACCGACUAAGUGGGAUAGUUAGUUUAGGAGAUUCCAUUGCUACAUACGACGCCAUGAUCACGAUGGAUGGGGCCGAUUAUAGAUUUAUGGAUGAAACCUCUAUUGUGCUUUCGUCUCCACAAUAUGAAAAUCCGACGUCCAGCGUGCGUGCUCCAGUUGCUAAUGAUUUUGCAAUUCAACCUCUUCGACACGAACAUCAAAUGCAUCUUCAAUCAGACGGGCAAAGUUUUGCAAAUCCUUCUCUUUUACAAAAAGCUUUACUACGCGCAACAGCGCAACUACAACAACCAGCACCGACAGUUCUCAUGAGCUUGUUCCACAUGGACAGUGAAAAGCAUUCAUCGGAACUAUCAAUUCCGCCAUCCAAAUCGAAAUGUAACAAUACCACCGUUAACAUAAGCGUGCAAUCUGAAACUAUGGACAAUCCGGCAGCAAUGGACAGCAUUAGCUCCACCAGUUCUUGUAAACUCGACACUAACCUUGAAACUAGCCAAAAUGUUAUUCAGCGCAAGGAUAGUAAGAUAAUAGUAAAAUUUGAUGAACAACAUGCAUUGAUGGAAACAUCAACCAAAAAUGUUUAUAAAGGAAGUGAUGCACCUACUACGAUUGCGGCCAAAACAUCUAGUUUAUCAAUAGCGGCAAAACCAGACAAUAUGGUUAACAGUCUAGAUCCACGGAUGAUAGCUGUUAAUCCCAAGAAACGUGCGGAGUGUGAACCUUGCAGCAGUUCAGGAUUCUUCCGGUCACUUGGUAGAAGGCUGAAAGGUGGCCGUAAGAAACCCGUCAUUGACCCUUUCAAUUUACCAGGUCGACAGAAGUCCAAAUCAGAAAAUCGUGCCCGAAAGGCUUUCCGAACCAUAUCAUUUAUCUUGGGUGCCUUUGUAGCAUGUUGGACCCCCUACCAUGUAUUGGCUCUAGUCGUAGGAUUUUGUGCGACACCUCCUUGCGUGAAUGAACACCUGUUCAUGUUCUCAUACUUUCUAUGUUACGCGAACAGUCCAAUGAAUCCGUUUUGCUAUGCUUUAGCCAAUCAGCAGUUCAAAAAAACAUUCACCCGCAUUUUGCGAGGCGACCUACAUAUGACUUAA